AUGGGAUCAGAAGUUUCUGAAGUCGAUCAGCUGCUAAUCCACUCACUUUGUGAGGAGGUUAUUCAAUUUGAAGAGCACAUGUCUCAGCUAUACUUGGAGACCCAUAUGGUCGUUAUUGCUCCCAAUCUCACUGUUUUAGUUGGAGCGGGAGCUAAGAGAGACUUCUUUCCGGCCAAGACUAACAAAAAACCCACACCCAAGCACGGUUACCUUUGUGACACAACUGUGAUCAGAGAUGUACCAAGAAGAUUCAGGGGAAAGACUGCGCGAGUGUUGGCUGGGAAAGUUGUCAUCUGUGUUCGUUGCGAUCUGCUUGGUGAUGGACAUGGUAAUGCUGUGGGGCUUGAUUGCCUUCAGAAGAUAAUAACACUCUUUCACAGGGCGGCCCGAGAUUAG